AUGCUGCUAGACCUAUCUAACUGUAACCUAAAAAGUCUAGAAGACUCUGAUAUAAUCCUAGAAAAACUGAUCGAGCUAGAUGCUGACUACACGAGCAUAACAUAUUUAGAUGUGUCAAACAAUUAUGUUAAAUCGAUAAAAGGAUUAAGGCAUUUCGAAAAUCUUAGAGUGUUGAACAUAUCAAACAAUGAGUUAACGUCAUUAGAUGAUGACUAUAUUCCUUCAUCCACCGAAAAAAUAAUUGCCGAUCAUAACAACCUGACAGAUAUAUGCUUCAAGGGAAUUAGAAAAAAGAAAAUUAGAAAAAAGGGAAAGGAGGGAAAAAAAGGCAAGAAGUUCAACUUUAAGGAAGGAGAAGAGGACUAUGAUAUAGAAGAUGGUGAGGAUGAAUCAUAUGAUGAUAAGUUGUAUGACGAUGAUGAGUCAUACAGUGAUAAUGAGUCGUACAACUAUGAAGAUCUGAACAACAAUAAGCUGUACACUGAUGAAAUGUACAGUGAUAAGCUAUACCGAAGUAAAGGAAGAAUACAGCGCAGACAGGCAAAGAACGCGAAGAGGAAAAAGAGUCAAUACAUCCAAGAGAGCAGCUCGAACAGCAUCUUUUACGAAACCUUUAAUAAAAAUAUAUUGAAUGAGAAACGUUUUUAUACGAACAGAAAUCUUCCCCUAAAUAGACUAAGUUAUUUGGAUGUGAGUUACAAUAAUAUUAAAAAGCUUAAAACGUUUGAAAUGUAUCUUCACAUUAUGAACAAGAGAAGUAGGAGCAGAGGUGGGAGUAGAAGUGGGAGUAGAAGUGGGAGUAGAAGUGGGAGCAUAAGUGGGAGUAGAAAUGGGAGUAGGAGAAGAAGCAGUAGUAGAAACAGAAGUAGGAGCGGAAGCAGUAGUAGAAACAGAAGUAGGAGCGGAAGCAGGAGCAUGAAACACGAGAAGUAUUCAGAUGACGGAUACAUAAAAAAUUACAUCGCAAAUAAAACAGAACAGGAUGUAAUGAUUCUAUUUUUUAACUCGUUAGAAACAUUACAUCUAAGAGGAAACAGACUAACAAAUUUAAAAGGACUAAGUGUUUUUAAAAAUUUAAAAAUUUUAGACCUUAGAUCAAAUCUAAUUAAUCAUCCUGUACAACUUUUUUAUAUUCUUGAUAAUAAAAACUGGUUAAAGAAAUAUCAUGAAAAGAAAUUUAAAAAAAAAAAUACUACUUCUUAUUCUUACUUUAUACAUAUUUUGAAAAAGUAUAAAAAUUUUAACAGUCUACAAAAUUUAUUCUUACAAGGAAAUCAAAAUGUUAUUAGACCCAAGUACCUAUUUAUGAGCGUAUAUAAUGCCCUAAAAAGUAUUAACACGAAAUGCAAGCUGAUUACUGAUAUGGAAGCGGGUGCAGAAGAUGAUAUAGAUGCAGGUGUAGACUCGAGUGUAGAUGCAGGCGUAAACACAGACGUAUGUGCCAAUCCACUUGUCGACACAGUAAGUAAUGCAGUUAUCGAUGAAACCACAGGUAACCUCAGCUUUGCUUCUACAAAGAAGUACCUCCUUCAGAGUAACUGUCCUAACUAUGAUAGAAACCAAAUAUAUGAAAAUUAUACUUAUGAUGAAAUUUUAGAAGAUGUAAACUUAUUAUAUUAUGACAUACGAAAUGAAUACCCAGAAUUGUAUAUCACUGAAAUUAAGGAUGAAUCAGAACUUAUGCCAGAAGAACUUCAUGAGUCAGGAACACAACAUAAGCCAGAAGCACAGUGUACGGUGCAGAACAGUAUACAACUAAAGGGAAGGGUAUUAUAUAGGAAAGAACUAGAGACUUGCAGAGAAGUAGAAACCGAAAGAUAUGAAGAGGUUAUAGACAUAAAAACAGUAGAAGAGAAUGAAGAAUCAUCAAGUAUAUCAUCGGAAGAAGAGGAUAUAUACAUAGAAUUAAAAUGCGAAGAGGGAGCAGAAUAUGAUGAUAGCAUGGUUAUGCAAUUGGACGAAGAAAAAGGUAUACAGUUAGAAUCAGAAACAGGAAAGGAUAUAGAUGUAGAGUUAGAUAAUGAGCAAAUCAUAGAAGUAGAAUUAGGAGAGGAGAGCAAAGAUGUAGAUACAGAAAAGGAAAGGAGCAGAUACGUAGAGUCAGAAGAGGAUGACAUAGUAGUAGAAUCAGAAGGGGAAAACAUGUAUGUCGAAUCAGAAGAGGAAGACAUAGUAGUAGGAUCAGAAGAGCAAGAUGUGGGUAUCGAGUCAGAAGAGGAAGACAUAGUAGUAGAAUCAGAAGGGGAAAACAUAUAUAUCGAAUCAGAAGAGGAAGACAUAGUAGUAGGAUCAGAAGAGCAAGAUGUGGGUAUCGAGUCAGAAGAGGAAGACAUAGUAGUAGAAUCAGAAGGGGAAAACAUAUAUAUCGAAUCAGAAGAGGAAGACAUAGUAGUAGGAUCAGAAGAGCAAGAUGUGGGUAUCGAGUCAGAAGAGGAAGACAUAGUAGUAGAAUCAGAAGGGGAAAACAUAUAUAUCGAAUCAGAAGAGGAAGACAUAGUAGUAGAAUCAGAAGAGGGCAUAACAGUAGAGUCAGAAGAUCAGGAAACCAUAGAAGUAGAAUAUGAACAGGAGAACAUGACCGUGGAGUCAGAAGAAGAAAAGAAUACAGAAGUAGUAUCUGAAGCAACGGAUAACAUGUACGUGGAGUCAGAUGAUGAAGAAACCCUAGAAGUAAAAUUGGAACAGGAGAAGAGCAAAGAUAUAGAAUCAGAAGAGGAGAAUAUUAUAGAAGUGGAAUCAGAAAUGGAAAAGGAAAAAGACGUAGAGUUAGUAAAAGAGAUUAGCAUAUACGUAGAAUCAAAAGAUAAAAAGCACUUAGAUACAGAAUCAGAAGAAGACAGCAGUAUAGAAAUAGAAUCAAAAGAAGAAGAAAAAGACAUAGAAAUAGAAUCAGAAAUAGAAAAGGAAAAAGACGCAGAAUUAGAAGGUAUACAAAUCAUAGAAGUAGUGUCAGAAGAAGAAGAUAUGGAAAUGAAAACGGGAAUGGACAAGUGUAAAAAUGUUGAGACUGAAGAAGUUGAAGACAUGAAAGCAGAAUCAGAAAUAGAAAAGAACAAAGAUGUAGAAUCAGAAGGUGAACAAAUCAUAGAAGUAGUAUCAGAAGAAGAAGAAGAUAUGGAAGUGAAAACAGGAAUGGAAAAGUGUAAAAAUGUUGAAACUGAAGAAGUUGAAGACAUGGAAGAAGAAUCAGAAAUAGAAAAGAACAAAGAUGAAGAAUCAGAAGAUGAACAAAUCAUAGAAGUAGUGUCAGAAGAAGAAGAAGAUAUGGAAAUGGAAUCUGAGAUGAAAAAUGAAAAAGAUAUAGAGCCAGAAAAAGAGAUUAACAUGUACAUAGAACCAAAAGGUGAAAAUAACAUAGAUAUAGAGUCAGAAGAAGAAGAAGAUAUGGAAAUGGAAUCUGAGAUGGAAAAUGAAAAAGAUAUAGAGCCAGAAAAAGAGAUUAACAUGUACAUAGAACCAAAAGGUGAAAAUAACAUAGAUAUAGAGUCAGAAGAAGAAAGGAGUAUAGACGUACAGUCAGAAGUAGAAAAGAGUAUAUAUAUAGAAUCAGAAAUAGAAAAAGGCAUAGAACUAGAGUUAAAAAAAGAAAAAUAUACAGGUACACAAUCAGAACGAGAAAAAAGCAUAAAUAUAGAAUCAGAAGAAGAAAGUAGUAUAGGUACACAAUCAAAAGAAGAAAAGAGUAUAUAUAUAGAGUCUGAAGAAGAUAUAGAAAAGGACGAAGACGUGGAGUCACAAGAAGAAGACAUAGAAGUGAAAUUAGAAAUAAAUAAAUAUAAAUUUGUGGAAUCAGAAGAAGAAGAAGAAAAAGAAAAAGAAGUAGCAUCCGAAAUAGAAAUGGGCAAGAGUGUAGAGUUAGUAAAAGAGAUUAGCAUAUACGUAGAAUCGAAUUAUGAGAAGCUUAUAGGAGUAAAAUCAGAAGAAGAAAAGAGUGUAGGUACACAAUCAGAAGAAAAGAGCAUAGAUAUACAGUCAGAAAUGGAAAACGGUAAAGUACUGGAAUCAGAAGAUGAUGGAGACAUGAAAAUGAUAUCAGAAGAAAGUUUCAUAGAAGUACAAUCAGAAGAAAGUCUCAUAGAAGUACAAUCAGAAGAAAGUCUCAUAGAAGUACAAUCAGAAGAAAGUCUCAUAGAAGUACAAUCAGAAGAAAGUCUCAUAGAAGUACAAUCAGAAGAAAGUCUCAUAGAAGUACAAUCAGAAGAAAGUCUCAUUGAAGUACAAUCAGAAGUAGACAUGGACUUGGAAUCAGAAAAAGAAAAGUUCAUGUACGUAGAAUCUAAAGAUGAGAAGCUUAUAGAUAUAGAAUCAGAGAUAGAUGAAGAAAUGGAAAUGAAAUUGACAAUAGAAAAUGACAAAGACACAGAAUCAGAAAAAGACACUAGCAUGUACAUAGAACCAAAAGAUGAAAAACACGUAGAUAUAGAAUCAGAAGAAGAAAGGAGCAAAGAAGUACAUUCAGAAGUAGAAAGGAGUAUAUAUACAAAAUUAGAAAUAGGAAAAGAUAUAGAAGAAGAAUCAAAAGAAGAAAAUAUGAAAGUGCAGUCACGAAUAAAAAAGGAGAAAGAUGUUGAGUUAGAAGAUGAAGAAAUUGUAGAAGUAGAAUCGGAAGAAGAACAAGAGAUGAAAGUGCAAUCAGAAAAAGGAAAGAUCAUGUACGUAGAAUCAAAACAUGAGAACCUCAUAGACACAGAAUCAGAAGUAAGGAGCGUUAAAGUAAAAUUAGAAAAAGAAGAAAACAUGGACAUGGAAUUAACUAUAAGAAAUGACAAAGAAGCAGAAUCCGAAAAAGAGAUUAGUAUGUACUCAAAGUCAAAUGAUGAAAAGCGCAUAGAUAUAGAAUCAAAAAUGGAAAAGCACGAAGAUGUGGAGUCCGAAGAAGAAUUCAUGGAAAUGGAAUUAGAAAAAGCAAAUGGCAAAGAAGUACAGCUAGAAAAACAGAUUAGCAUGGACGUAGAAUCAAAAGGUGAGAAACACAUUGAUACAGAAUCAGAAGGAGGUAGCAUAGAAGUAGAGUCGGAAGUACAAAGUAGCAUAGAAGUAGAGUCAGAAAAAGAAGAAAAUAUGGGCAUGGAAUUAACAGUAGAAAAUGACAGAGACUCAGUAUCACAAAAAAGGAUUAGCAUGUACGUAGAACCAAAAAAUGAAAAGAGAAUAGAUAUAGAAUUACCAGAAGAAAAGAAUAUAGAAACACAAUUAGAAGAAGAAAAUAAUAUAGAUAUAGAAUCAGAAAUAGAAAAGGACAAAGAAGUAGAUUUAGAAGAUGAAGAAAUUGUAGAAGAAUCAGAAAAAGAGAAUAUCAUUUACGUAGAAUCAGAAGAAGAAAGCAAAAUAGACGUUGAAUCAGAAGAAGAAAGCAGAAUAGACGUAGAAGCAGAAGAAGAAAGCAGAAUAGACGUAGAAUCGGAAGAAGAAAGCAAAAUAGACGUAGAAUCAGAAGAAGAAAGCAAAAUAGACGUUGAAUCAGAAGAAGAAAGCAGAAUAGACGUAGAAGCAGAAGAAGAAAUCAGAAUAGACGUAGAAUCGGAAGAAGAAAGCAAAAUAGACGUAGAAUCAGAAGAAGAAAGCAAAAUAGACGUAGAAUCAGAAGAAGAAAGCAAAAUAGACGUAGAAGCAGAAGAAGAGCAAAAUAGACGUAGAAGAAGAAAGCAAAAUAGACAAGAAGAAAGUAAAAUAGAAGUAGAAUCAAAAGAAGAAAGCAAAAUAGACGUAGAAGCAGAAGAAGAAAGCAGAAUAGACGUAGAAUCGGAAGAAGAAAGCAAAAUAGAAGUAGAAUCAAAAGAAGAAAGCAAAAUAGACGUAGAAGCAGAAGAAGAAAGCAGAAUAGACGUAGAAUCGGAAGAAGAAAGCAAAAUAGACGUAGAAUCAGAAGAAGAAAGCAAAAUAGACGUAGAAUCAGAAGAAGAAAGCAAAAUAGACGUAGAAUCAGAAGAAGAAAGCAAAAUAGACGUAGAAUCAGAAGAAGAAAGCAAAAUAGACGUUGAAUCAGAAGAAGAAAGUAAAAUAAACGUAGAAGCAGAAGAAGAAAGCGAAGUAGACGUUGAAUCAGAAGAAAAACGUAUAUAUAUAGAAUCAGAAAUAGAAAAAGGCAUAGAAGUAGAAUUAAAAGAAGAAAAAGGUAUAGAUACACAGUCAAAACAAGAAAACAGCAUAUAUAUGGAAUCAGAAAUAGAAAAGGACAAAGUCCUGGAAUCAGAAGAAGAAGACAUGGAAGUGGAAUUAGAUAUGAAAAAGAACAAGGAUGCACAGUUAGAAGAUGAGCAAAUAAUAGAAGUAGAAUCAGAAGAAGAAGGCAUGCAAAUGAAAUUAGAAACAGAACAGGAUACGAAUAUGAAAUCAGAAUUAGAAGAGGAUAUUGAAUUAGAAAAAGAAAACAUUGUGUAUAUAGAAUCAAAAGAUGAGAAUUACUUAUAUAUAGAAUCAAAAGAAGAGAAGCACAUAGGAAUGGAAUCAGAAGAAAAUAGUAUAGAAAUAGAGUCAGAAGAAGAAGAUAUUAACAUAGAAUUAACAAUGGAAAAUGAUAAAGAUGCACAGUUAGAAAAAGAGAAGAUCAUGUACAUAAAAUCGAAAGGUGCGAAGCACAUAGAUAUAGAAUCAGAAGAAGAAAGCAGCAUAGAAGCACAGUCAGAAGUAGAACAGAGUAUAUAUAUAGAAUCAGAAAUAGAAAAAGGCAUAGAACUAGAAUCAAAAAAAGAAAAAUAUUCAGGUACACAAUCAGAACGAGCAAAGAGCAUAAAUAUAGAGUCAGAAAUGGAAAGGUGUAAAAUUAUGGUGGCAGAGGAUGAUGAAGACGUGCAAGCAGAAUCGGAAAUAGAAAAGAACAUAGAAUUAGAAUUAGAGUUAGAAGAAGAAGACAUGAAUGUGGAAUCAGAAAAAGAGAAGUUCAUGUACAUAGAAACGAAAGAUAAGAAGGGCAUAGUUAAAGAAUCGGAAGAACAAAGAAACAAAGAAGUAAAAUCAAAAAAAGAAGAAAAGGUAAACAUGGAGUUAGAAAUAGAAAAUGGCAAAGACGCAGAGUCAGAAAAAGAGAUUAGCAUGUACGCAGAAUCAAAUGAUGAAAAUCACGUAGAUAUAGAAUCAGAAGAAGAAAGGAGCAAAGUUGCACAGUUAGAAGAAGAUGACAUAGAAGUAGAAUCAGAAGAAGAAAAGAGUAUAGACAUAGAAUCAGAAAUAGAAAAGAAUAAAGACGUGGAGAGAGAAGAAGAUGAAAACAUAGGAGUUGAAUCAGAAGAAGAAAAGAGUAUAGACAUAGAAUCAGAAAUAGAAAAGAAUAAAGACGUGGAGAGAGAAGAAGAUGAAGACAUAGGAGUUGAAUCAGAAGAAGAAAAGAGUAUAGACAUAGAAUCAGAAAUAGAAAAGAAUAAAGACGUGGAGAGAGAAGAAGAUGAAGACAUGAGCAUGGAAUUAGAAAUAGAAAUGGAAAAUGACAAAGACAAAGAAUCAGAAAAAGAGGAGAUCAUGUACAUAGUAUCAGAAGAUGAAAAGUUCAUUAACAUAAAAUCAGAAGAAGAGAAGGACAUAGAAGUUGGAUCCGAAAUAGAAAAUGAUAAAGACACAGAAUCGGAAAAAGAGAAGAGUAUAGAAACAGAAUCCGAAGCAGAGGAGGGCAAAGAUGUAGAGUCAGAAGAUGAAUACAUAAACGUGCAAUCAGAUGAGAAGAUCACAGAAAUAGAAUCAGAAGAGAAGGACGUGGAUGUCAGAUUAGAAGAAGAGAAGAGUAUAGAAGUGGAAUCUGAAGAAGAUAAGAGCGUAGAAGUAGAAUCUGAAGAAAAUAAGAGCGUAGAAGUAGAAUCAGAAGAAGAGAAGAGUAUAGAAGUGGAAUCUGAAGAGAGGGGCAUAGAAAUAGAAUCAGAAGAGAAGGACGUAGAAGAAGAAUCAAAAGAGGAAGAUAUACACGUAAAAUUAGAACAUAAUAUCCUAGAAGUGCAAUCAGAUGAAGAUAAGAGCGUAGAAGUAGAAUCAGAAGAAGAGAACAGUAUAGAAGUGGAAUCUGAAGAGGAAGAUAUGCACGUAAAAUUAGAAGAACAUAAUAUCCUAGAAGUGCAAUCAGAUGAAGAUAAGAGCGUAGAAGUAGAAUCAGAAGAAGAGAACAGUAUAGAAGUGGAAUCUGAAGAGGAAGAUAUGCACGUAAAAUUAGAAGAACAUAAUAUCCUAGAAGUACAAUCAGAUGAAGAUAAGAGCAUAGAAGUAGAAUCAGAAGAAGAAAAGAGUAUAGAAGUGGAAUCUGAAGAAGAUAAGAGCGUAGAAGUAGAAUUUGAAGAUAAGAGCGUAGAAGUAGAAUCAGAAGAAGAGAAGAAUAUAGAAAUGGAAUCUGAAGAGAAGGGCAUAGAAAUAGAAUCAGAAGAGAAGGACGUAGAAGAAGAAUCAAAAGAGGAAGAUAUGCACGUAAAAUUAGAAGAACAUAAUAUCCUAAAAGUGCAAUCAGAUGAAGAUAAGAGCGUAGAAGUGGAAUCUGAAGAAGAUAAGAGCGUAGAAGUGGAAUCUGAAGAAGAUAAGAGCGUAGAAGUAGAAUCUGAAGAAGAUAAGAGCGUAGAAGUAGAAUCAGAAGAAGAGAAGAGUAUAGAAUUGGAAUCUGAAGAGAGGGGCAUAGAAAUAGAAUCAGAAGAGAAGGACGUAGAAGAAGAAUCAAAAGAGGAAGAUAUGCACAUAAAAUUAGAAGAACAUAAUAUCCUAGAAGUGCAAUCAGAUGAAGAUAAGAGCAUAGAAGUAGAAUCAGAAGAAGAAAAGAGUAUAGAAGUGGAAUCUGAAGAAGAUAAGAGCGUAGAAGUGGAAUCUGAAGAAGAUAAGAGCGUAGAAGUAGAAUCUGAAGAAGAAAAGAGUAUAGAAGUGGAAUCUGAAGAAGAUAAGAGCGUAGAAGUAGAAUUUGAAGAUAAGAGCAUAGAAGUAGAAUCAGAAGAAGAGAAGAGUAUAGAAGUGGAAUCUGAAGAAGAUAAGAGCGUAGAAGUAGAAUCUGAAGAAGAUAAGAGCGUAGAAGUAGAAUCAGAAGAAGAGAAGAGUAUAGAAUUGGAAUCUGAAGAGAGGGGCAUAGAAAUAGAAUCAGAAGAGAAGGACGUAGAAGAAGAAUCAAAAGAGGAAGAUAUGCACGUAAAAUUAGAAGAACAUAAUAUCCUAGAAGUGCAAUCAGAUGAAGAUAAUAGCGUAGAAGUGGAAUCUGAAGAAGAUAAGAGCGUAGAAGUAGAAUCAGAAGAAGAGAAGAGUAUAGAAAUGGAAUCUGAAGAGGAAGAUAUGCACGUAAAAUUAGAAGAACAUAAUAUCCUAAAAGUGCAAUCAGAUGAAGAUAAGAGUAUAGAAGUGGAAUCUGAAGAAAAGGGCAUAGAAACAGAAUAUGAAGAGAAGGGCAUAGAAAUAGAAUCUGAAGAGAAGGGCAUAGAAAUAGAAUAUAAAGAAAGUGACAAAGAAGUGGAAUCAGAAAAAAGUUACAUAAACGUAGAAGCAGAAAGGAACGGAAAAAUGAAAUUAAUGAAAUACGUAAGACAAAAGCUUGAUGAUGAAAUAAAGGCAUAUGAUGAAUUACAAAGGAAUCAAGAGCAAAAAAAAGAAAUGAAAAGGUUAAAUGUGUACUUUAAAGGAGGAGAUAAACAGGAAGAACGCAAUAUAAAAAUAGGUUUACCGCAAAAAAUUGAAAUACCCAAAGACGAAUUGCAGAGACGAAAAGAAAAUGAAAUCAAGCACAUACCAUUCAUAGAAAAAAUUAGAACAACUAACGACUCUAAUCAGUUAGAUCAAACAAACUCAUAUCUCUAUAUAAAUGAGCAACUAAAGAAUAAGAAAGAAGCAGAUAGCAACACAUGUGAAUAUACUCAUCAAUUACAUUUGAAGAAGCCAAUUUAUUUGUCCGAGGGUAAGGAAAACAAAACGGAAAGGGAAAUUCUGAAAAGAGACAGUAGUAUUUUAAAGGGAUAUAGAAACAAUUUGAAGGGAAAUGGAAACGAUCUAAAAAGAGAUGAAGAAAAUUUGGAAAGUUAUAACACCAUUUUGAAUGACAAAAAAUGUUCUCAUCCUCUUGAAGAGAAGAAGGAACAUAUUGAAAAAUUAAUAGAAAAUAUAAAACAAAACGUAACAAGAAAAUCGUCCAAAUUAUUAUCGCUUUAUAAAAAUUUGAAUGGCAAUAUGUUCUCUAAAAAUUGUUAUGAUAAAAUUAAUGAACAGGUUAGAGGCGAUACUAUAGAUGAUUCUAGCAAAAUUAAUAACUUGAAAAUAGUACAAAUUGGUUACUUAGAUAAAGUAAAAAGAUUCGAAGCUACAAUGGAUUAUUAUAAUGAUAAAAACGUGGAGAGCAAAUUCCAUGGACUAAAAGAAAUGAAGGGUCUUACGAUCAAACAAUUUGAAGAGCCAAAAGAAGAAGAGGUGGAUAAGGCGAAAGAGUUUUACAGCCACAACUCUUUUUAUCAAGUUAAUGUAAAGGGAAUGUGCAUAAAGGAGGGAAAAGUGGAAGAAGCAGGAGGCGAUGAAGAGGAAGUGGUGGAUGAUAAGGAAAAUCAUGAAAAUUCCUCGUCAGAUAAAUUACGUUGUGGUUCCUUUGCAAGGGAAAAUAGUAAACGAAAGGAAAUGAAUGAACGUGAUAAUAAAAAUAAUAUUAAUUACAAUAAUAGCAGUAAUAAUAAUAAAUAUUACAAAAGUUAUAGCAGUGGUAAUCGUAAUAAAUACUACAAAAGUUGUAGCAGUGGUAAUCGUAAUAAAUACUACAAAAGUUGUAGCAGUGGUAGUUGUAAUAAAUACUACAAAAGUUGUAGCAGUGGUAAUAGUAACUAUAGCAAUGCUACGACGACACAACCGAACAGCGAUUUACGAAGCAGCAAGAGAAGCAGCAGAAGUAGCAGAAAUGAUAUGAACAUGGAAGAAAAUGAAACGAUCUGUUCCUUUUCAUCUAUUUUUAAAGAUAAAAAAAAAACAAGUAGUGUACUUGAAGAACUAUUAACUAAGGAUAUAGAUUCAGAAAAAUCCAAUCUAACAAAUUUUUCUUCAAUUGAUAGUGAUGUCUUUGAUAGUGACACGGUUGAGAUGAGUGGUGAUUCCAUUAGGGAGAGGAAAGACAAGCAAGGGUGCUGGCUCUACGACGAUGGACGGGAAGAAGUGGGGGGAAAAGUAGAAGUAAAGGAAAUGGAGGAAGAGGAGGAAGAAGAGGAAAAGGAAGUAAAGGAAGAUGUAGAAGAAAAGGAAGAAGAGGAGGAAGAGGAAGAGGAAGAAGGGGAGGAAGAGAAAAAAGAAGUAAAGGAAGAUGUAGAAGAAAAGGAAGAAGAGGAGGAAGAGGAAGUAAAGGAAGUAAAGGAAGAUGUAGAAGAAAAGGAAGAAGAGGAGGAAGAGGAAGAGGAAGAAGGGGAGGAAGAGAAAAAAGAAGUAAAGGAAGAUGUAGAAGAAAAGGAAGAAGAGGAGGAAGAGGAAGAGGAAGAGGAAGAGGAAGUAAAGGAAGAAAUAGAAGUAGAGGCAGAAGAAGAGAUAAAGGAAGAAAUAGAAGUAGAGGAAGAAGAGGAAGAAGAGGAAGAAGAGAAAAAAGAAGUAAAGGAAGACGUAGAAGAAAAGGAAGAAGAGGAAGAGGAGGAAGAGGAAGAGGAAGAAGAGGAGGAAGAGAAAAAAGAAGUAAAGGAAGAUGUAGAAGAAAAGGAAGAAGAGGAGGAAGAGGAGGAAGAGGAAGAGGAAUGCGAAGAAGAAGAAGAAGAGAAAAACCUUCAACAUAAUAAGUGCCACGAUAUACACCCGCGUAUUAUUAAACAAUUAACAGAGCAAAUCACAAGAAGAAAUAUGCACAAUGAUAACAACACAAGGUUUAAUUGGAAAAACGAAAUUUCAAGCAAAAAACGUAACAUGACUUUCAAGAAAAACGAAGUUAUAAAAAAAGUAUUCCCCAAUUAUAAUUCACUUAGCAGGAAUGAUAAGGAAAAUGAAAAAGAAGAUAAGAAAGAGCACGAAGAGAUGAAUAAAAAGAGGGAAAAUGAGCGGAGCAGUUAUGUGAAACGUGGAAUUUUUGUCAGGAAAUGGGGGGGAAAAAUGGAUUCAACCGUUGUGAAAGAAACGAACAGCGUGAAGGUAGCAAACAAUAUAAAAGAGACAUACAAUUUGAUGGGAACGCAUAACGUAAAGGUUCCACAGAGUAUAAAAGAAAUGUAUAACACAAGAGCAUUACGAUAUGUAAAAGAAGCACAUGGUUUAAAGAGAGAACAUAAUAUAAAGGCAGCAUCCAAUAUGAUGGAAACACAUAAGGUAAAGGUAUCACACAUCAUAAAGGAAGUACCCAGUAUAAAGGAAGCAUACAAUGUAAGAGAAGCGCAUAAUAUGAAAGAAGCGCAUAAUGUGAAAGAAGCGCAUAAUGUGAAAGAAGCGCAUAAUGUGAAAGAAGCGCAUAAUAUGAAAGAAGCGCUUAAUAUGAAAGAAGCGCAUAAUAUGAAAGAAGCGAAUAAUAUGAAAGAAGCGCUUAAUAUGAAAGAAGCGCAUAAUAUGAAAGAAGCGCAUAAUGUGAAAGAAGCGCAUAAUGUGAAAGAAGCACAUAAUGUGAAAGAAGCGCAUAAUGUGAGAGAAGCGCAUAAUGUGAAAGAAGCGCAUAAUGUGAAAGAAGCGCAUAAUGUGAGAGAAACACAAAACGUAAAGGGAAUGCACACCAUAAAGGAAUCGUAUGAUAUGAAGGAGACAAAUAAUGUGAAGUCAGUACAAAACAUAAAGGCAAUACACAAUAUGAAGGAUGCAAAUAAUAUAAGGGAUGAAUACAAUAUGAAGGAAAAACGCAAUGUAACGGAGGUACCCACUUCGAAAGAAGUACAUAACGUAAAGGAAACACACAAUGUAAAGGAAGUAUAUAAUGUGAAGAGAGUACACAACGUAAAGGAAUUGUACGAUGUGAAAGAACCCACUGAGAAGUAUAAACAUAAGGUAAAAAUCGCACACAGCAUAAAGACAUCAUAUAAUGAGAAAGAAACAUUUGGUGUAAAGAAAACGCAAACUUUGAAGGAAGUACACAGUGUAAAAGAACUGCAAAAUGUAAAAGAAGCGAACAACGUGAAAGAAGCACAUAAUAUGAAGAAAGAACAAAGUAUAAAGGCAGUGUAUAAUAUGAAGGAAAUACACAAUACAAAGGAAGCACAUCCUAUGAAAGGGGAACUAAAGGUGAAGGAAGCAUACAUCGUAAAGGCAGCACAAAGCAUAAAGGAAGCAUAUGAUAUGAAGGAAGCACAUACUAUUAAAGCAAAACACAGCAAAAAGGAGGCAUAUGGCAUGAAAGGAACAUAUCAUAUGAAACCAAAACACAGCAAAAAGGAGGCAUAUGACAUGAAAGGAACAUAUGAUAUGAAGGAAGCACACAAUUCGAAGGAGGCAUAUAAAGUGAAGGAAUCGUACUAUGCGAAGGAGACAACUAAUGUAAAGGCAGCAUACUGCUUUAAGGGAAAACAUAAUGAGAAAGUAGCACACAAAAAUGAAUACAGAGAAUACGUAUCAAACUGUAGUAAUGUUAAAAGAAAAGAGAUAGAAACGCUUAUGAAUUUAUUAAAAAUUAAUCUAUAUAAAAAUGAAAGUGGAAAGAAAAAAUUUCUUGAAAAUAAUAAGGUUAAUGACUCAGAUGGUUAUAAUUCAAGACAUAGGAAAUUACAAAAUUAUUAUUCACCAUCUGUUAAAUCUGAAUCUACAGAUGUAACUGAAAGGGGGAAAAAUAAACAUAACAUUAUAACUCAUAAAAUUUACGGAAAAGAUUAUUUUUAUAAUGAUUUUUCUAAUAUACAUAAUGUUGAUGAAUUAGGUAUUACAAGGGAAAUUAAUAUAUACGCUUAUCCUGUCCAUAUACAAAAUAAUAAUGAAGCAAAAAAUGUAUACAUUGAAAGUUUGAACUGUCGAGAUACAUCAACUAACGAAAGUAAGUUAGCAAACGGUGGAAAAGGAAACCCGAAUAGGGCACACUUAGUGAGGAGCACUGAUAGUGGAACAGGGGAAGGAAGCGACAAGAGUGGAGGAAAAGAAAGAAGCAUCAAGAGUGAAAGAAGUGAUAGUAGUGAAAGAAACGAUAAGAGUGAAAGAAGUGAUAGUAGUGAAAGAAAUGAUACGAGUGAAAGAAAUGAUAUGAGUGAAAGAAAUGAUAAGAGUAAAAGAACUGAUAGUAGUGAAAGAAAUGAUACGAGUGAAAGAAGUGAUAGUAAUGAAAGAAAUGAUAAGAGUGAAAGAAGUGAUAGUAGUGAAAGAAAUGAUAAGAGUGAAAGAAGUGAUAGUAGUGAAAAAAGUGAUAGUAGUGAAAGAAAUGAUAAGGGUGAAAGAAAUGAUAAGGGUGAAGGAAGUGACAAGGGUGAAGGAAGUGACAAGGGUGAAGGAAGCGAUAAGAGUGAAGGAAGCGAUAAGAGUGAAGGAAGCGAUAAGAGUGAAGGAAGCGAUAAGAGUGAAGGAAGCGAUAAGAGUGAAGGAAGCUAUAAGAGUGAAGGAAGCGAUAAGAGUGAAGGAAGCGAUAAGAGUGAAGGAAGCGAUAAGAGUGAACGUAGCAACAAAAGUGAAAUAAAUUAUAAGAGCGGAAAAAACCGUAAGAGAGAUAAAACGUGCGAGUUACGACAUGAAAAUAAGGAGUCAAUAAAUAGUACAGAACUUUUAAAUAAGCUGAAUGAGCUACAAACGUCUAACACAAAAGAUGCUGAUUUAAGCCAUAAAUUGGCUCUUUAUUUAAAAGAUGUUUGUCUUAAAUUAGGAGAAGAAAAACAAUAUAGUAAUAUUUUAAUGAAGGAAAAAAAAAGAUUAGAAAGUAAAAUAAAAUUAUUAUAUGAAAAUAAAAAAAAAUACAAAAAAAAAUUAAAGAAAUUAGAGAUAAAUUACAAUGAGGAAAAGAAAAAUUCUAAAAUGUAUCAAAAUUUUAAAGACAAGUUUAAGUCAUUGGAACAUAUUAAAAUGGACAUACCAAAGGAUGAUGUUGAGAUGUACAACAAGUUCACUGAAAAUACGAUGGAGCACCUAUAUAACGUAUUCUUUGAUGUCUUUGGAGAAAAUCAUAUUAUAACGAAAAUGAUAGAAAACUUAGCUGAUGUGUACAUUAAAAAGGAAAAGAAAAUAGAAAUUCAAAUGGUCGCACAGAAUAAGGAAUCGGAUUUACUGAAAAAUGUAGAAGAAAUAGUCAAGAAAAAAAACAAAUAUCAUAAAGAACUUCUGAAGAAAAAUGAAAUUAUCCUAAGCUUAAAUAAUAAUUUAGCGAAAAUAACGAAAAGCGUUGCUGACAUGAAAAGUAGCAUUAUUGAAAAUAAAAAUAAAUCAAAGAAUUUGCUAAUGGAGUUAUCAAAGAAGAAUGAUUUAAUAAAGGACCUGGAAAUGCGAAACUGCCGAAUGAUGAAUGAAAAAGAAAAUUUGUUUCAGAAGGAAAGAGAACAACUACUGGAAUUAUUAAAUGAUAAAGAUGCGAAAAGUAUACAACGAUAUAAGGAAGAAAUAAAAGGUCUACAAGAAAAAUUAAAAAAUUAUUUGGAUACAAAUGUAUAUGAAAUCCGUGACAAAAAUUACGAGAUAAUGGUAGAUAAGUUACAUGAUGAACAAAUAAGAGUACAUUCAUUAUUAACAGAAAAAGAAAAAAUUAUAAAUGAUAAGAACAUUAAAAUUGAGAACUUAGAGUCCCAGUUGCAGUCUUGGGCUGAUGAGGCAACCAAUUGGGUUGUCGUGGCAGACAAACAUACAAAACUUAUAACGAACCAUAAUAUAUUAAAAAAAAAUUACGAAGAACUAAAGUUCAAGUACAUAAUGGAUAUGAAGUAUAUACAAACAAAUAAAAAUGAGAAGGUCAAAGAACUUAUGAGAAAAUUUUCCUAA